AUGUCGCCUGAUAGAUUCAUUCCAAAGCGAGACUUCGUGGAACCAACAUCAACAACAUUUCGUGUGGCCAAGCAUCCGCAGCGUCUUUCGCCUCAAGAGAGACUACUUCGACGACUUCCGCCCGGGGAUGAUCCAUUUCUACCAUCAAUCCCGCGUAGGACGUAUGCUACCAACAGACCCCAGCAGCCAACUCGACUCCAGCAGAUCCCACAUCAACGGCCUCGUUUAGUCACUGAAGGCAAUAUCACAGGCAACAACGCUGCACAUGAAUCUUUGAGACAGGUCAGCUAUGGUGCAGUGUGGAACGUGGGUGGGGCUUCUGCAGUCCGCGGUAGUUCCCUUAUUGCGGCUCCUGAUGACACGCCGAGCACUUCGACCAAUGGAUCAUCAACUGCCCCAGUUUUCGUGGCUCGGUUCCUACCCAAGAAACCAAAAUACAGUGAACAAGAAAUUCAUGAGUCGAGGCUUGCGCUUGCUUUGGGGAUUGACCCGACGACUAGACAGCUAGGUACUACUUGCCUACGGUAUCUGGAUGCUCCCCUCAAUCCAACAUCUCCAGACUUCGAGCGCCUCUCUCCAUUUGAAUGGAAGGAUAGUGCUUGGAAGAAAGUUGAAAAGGAGCGUUGGUCCAUAUCUCCUGCCAGAAAAGAGGUUGUUCCACCAAAGCCUUUUCGAAUCCUUGAUGCUCCCUUCCUUCGAGACGAUUUUUACUGCAGCACUCUUGCAUACUCAACAACAUCUGGGAUACUGGCUGUGGGCCUGGGCCAUCAAGUGUAUCUCUGGUCCGAAGGCCAUGGAGUGGACUAUCCUCCCUUUCCAGAUCUACACCCCUCAAAUUAUGUGACAUCCCUGUCGUUUUCUUCUGAGGAUGGCGAGCGAAGCAUCCUUGCAGUGGCCAGGCGUUCUGGCCAGUUGUCGCUAUGGAGCACAUUCGAGAAGCAAGCCCGGUUUGAGAUCAGUCAUCCCAGUACCCUUACAUGCGUGGCGUUUAAGCCAAGAACGUCACGGCGUCUUUCAGAAAGGUUCAUGCAUGUAAUAGUCGAUGUGGAAGAGAUUGUUGUUGGCGAUGACUUUGGAAAUAUCUGGUACUAUUCGGUUGAGUGGUCUGACAAAGAAGACCAAGCUAAGUGGAAAUGGAACGGGUCCAUGACGCUUCUUGCCAAGAUCUCUGCACACACUCAACAAAUCUGUGGACUAGCCUGGUCACCCGAUGAUAAGUACCUUGCGACGGGUGGUAAUGACAACGCCUGCCUUCUCUUUGAACUGGCCGAGAUUGUUCCGCCACGGCAUUUGAAUUAUGCGGUCCCGCCCAUUACUCCCCCAGAUUCCCCAAGCAGCUUCAGCCUCGGUGUAUUUCCAUACCUUGCUCUGGGUACCGCUAAAAGACGAGUGGUUCUUAAACGACCCGCCCUCCCAUCAUGGCUUGCUGCUCCUAUUAAGCCCCCGGCUGCAGCCGCGCUUUUAAACCAUGCAGGCACUCUAAUUUCCGGUGGUGGCCGAACGAUUCUGGUCCCAUACGGCCGUCAGAAGCAUCGUCUUAUGCAUUCCGCUGCGGUCAAAGCAAUUGCAUUUGCACCAUGGCAGUCGUCCCUGCUCGCUACAGGGGGUGGUACCAAUGACAAAGCUAUACACUUCUAUCAUACCCGGAGCGGAGCUUGUCUCGCAACCAUCAAUGUCUUUGCGCAAGUGACCAGUCUUAUAUGGAGCGAAACUCGACGUGAGAUCGCCGCUACUUUCGGUUAUUCACAGCCAGAUCACCCAUUUCGAAUCGCCGUCUUUUCCUGGCCCAGCUGCGCACAGGUGGCGGUCAUUCCCUGGGGGCCAUAUGGAACCACCUGGGAUGGGCCCGAUACUCGAAUCAACAACUUCGACUGCGGAAGAGCAUUGUGGGCAGUACGAUAUCCAGGGAAAGUUCCUCGUUUCUCGGGUGUCCGCUCUAGUGGACCGGACAGUCAGUCAUCUUCACCUUCGUCCUCGUCAAGCCAGACUCGGUCUCCAGAGCGAGGAGCCCCGACCCGAAACCGCAAGGUCAGUAGCCGCAGGGCCAGUGCUCGGAUGGUCGCUCCCAAGGAGAAAGAAGGUGGAAUGUGGUGCACACGAACAAAGGAGGAGGGGUGCAUUAUUGUCGCGUCUAGUGAUCAAACUGUGAAGUUCCACGAGGUCUGGACUGGAAGAAGGACAAGUACCACCUCUGCUUGUGGACUCUUCGGUGGAAGCGACAUUCUUGAGGGCCUCGAGGGCAUUGAGAAGUCUGGUGGUGAGGUCAUUCGUUAA